AUGUAUGAGACCAUCACUAUAAUCUCUGCACUUAAGUGGUGCUUGAUCGACAACUCGAUCUGCCAGAUAUUUACCAUGAUACAAGAGAAGAAAUCAAAAGAUGCUAGAUCCGGGGAAGAGAACAAACCACUUUCAAUAGACAAAUUGGUUGAUGGGUCCGGUGAAUUGAAAUCAGGAGAAGACAGAAGAACCGGGGAAAGUGCGAUGGCUUCGAAGGAAAUUCCAAAACCUGAAUCAAAGUCUGAAGAAGGAAAGUUGAGUUCUGACGAAAAGGUGAAACACAGCUCCGAAGAAGUAAGAAAAGAAGAUGAUAUUGAUAAAACGGGAAAAAUAAGUGAAAAAGAAAAGCAGGAAAAAGAAAAGAAAACAGGUAGUAUUUUGCAAAUGUCAAUUUUAAUUGCCGUUAAUUUGUUGAACUCUAUCGAUAAAUUUACACUAGCAGGAGUUCUGUCCGAUGUACAAGCAUUUUAUGGCAUAAGCGAUGCCUUGGGUGGCUUAUUGCCAACUGUUUAUAUAGUAUGUGCUAUAAUAAUCUCGCCGGUUUGGGGGUUUUUGGGAGACAGAUAUAACAGAAAAUACUUGAUGACAGUCACAGCUGCUGGACCCACUCCAAAAUUAGACUGAUACAAUCAUCUUCUACUGUAAUGCUUAUUUUUUUGGUAGUGCUCCACUAACAAAUAUCAUUGCAACUCUGUGCAUAGCAUGUCAUCGAAUGCAGCUUGUUAUUGCUUACGUGUGCGUUUGAAAGUACACGAACUAAAACAUUCUGUAUCCCACCGGCGCAUUCGGAACGCUUGUCCGACGAUGUGUGAACCUGCUGCUAAAUGAUCUUUCCUUAUAAAUAAAAAGCUGCUAGAUUUGUAGUCAAAUGCAUUCUUCGUGGAUCUGUGCGACAUUCUUUUUUGUCAAUGUUUUUUCGUAUUGUAUAAUGUUGUAAUAAAUAUAUCCAUGUAGAA